CAUAAAACGGGUUCGCAGUUAUGUUUUGGACCAUGGCAUAGUCUCGAGAAAACUAGGGUUAGGGUUUAAUCUUCAAAAACCAAUAAAACAUGGAAGAAGCAACAGACGGAAUAUUCCAAAAGAUUCGUGCGCCGCGCCUCGAAGACGCUGGCCUCGAAGACUGUGCACUCCCGCCGGACUCGAUCAAAGAAGCUUUUCUUAAAGCCGCCUCCGCAGUCCGAUCUUCCCUCCUCUCUCAAUCCGACGAAGAGGAUGAGUCCGCGUGCGUUCACGAUCCCUGGCCUAGCGCCGGAGACUCGGCCGACGCGCUUGUCGGAAUAUCGCCGGAGAAUUCGCCGCCGGGAAGUUGCGCCGGCAGAAAAGGCGGCGAGGUGCCUGAUAGGCUUGGAGAUAAGGUCGUGGGAGGUGUGAGUGAUGCUGACGUGGCGAGUGAUGAAGUUGUGGGAGUCGUUGAUGUGGCAGAAGGAGAGUGUUGUGUUGAUGCAUUGAAAGGAAUGAGGAUCGGAGAGAAGAAGAAGAAAGACAGUGCGAAGGAGAGCGAUAAGCCGGGUUUAACUGAAGGUUAUGCUUGAUAUAUAUGUAAUUAUAUAUAAAGUUGUGAACUUGUAGGGGAACUUUGUAAGAGAUGUUGUUUGUGAAUAAUGAAUAAAGUCGUGCAUUUCGGAA